AUGGAACUUGAACGACAUUUACUGGCAUCUUGCACCUUGGCAAUAAUUAUUUUUGGAUGUUUUGGAAAUAUUUUAUCGGCUCUUGUAUUUCUUCAGAGAACUUCAAGUAUUAAUAUUUUGUUAACUGCUCUCUCUUUGAUAGAUUUUGGUCUUCUCUUAUUUGCUAUUCCAGUUUUUGUCCUGCCCAACCUACAAAGCGGGGAACUUUUCUAUUCUGAACAAUUUCAAGCGAUUGUGGUCAAAUUUCUUUAUCCCGUCAAUCUUAUUUUUCAGACUUGCAGUAUAUACACAAUUGUUUUGAUUACCGCUGAACGUUAUCUGGCUAUUUGUAGACCUCUUCAUGUUCGUUCUCUUUGCACUCCUCGUACAGCAAAGCGGUCACUACUUUUCAUUUUGGGCUUUUCUAUAGCUUACAAUAUUGUGCGCUUUUGGGAAUACACUUUAAUAAAUUCCUCUGAUGGAAGUCUGUCUUUUCAACGAAAUUUGCGCAAUCCAAAUGACCAUCCUUGGUAUAUGCUCGGUUAUUACUCCCUCCUUUUCCUACUUUCUCAUUUUUUGCUUCCUUUUGGCACAAUAAUUUCUUUGAAUGGAUUGCUGGCACACCGUAUUCUUCAUUUGCGUUCAAUUCGUGAACAGCUUACUAACAAGCAAUUGAGAGAACACAACACUACCGCAAUGCUCCUACUUGUCACCCUUUCAUUUGCUAUGUGUAAUGUUCUUCCUUUUCUUUUAAAUUUGGCGGAAUGCGUGCAAAGCGAUCUUUUUGUUAAUGAAAGCACGGCUUCAACAGCUUUUAUUUUGAACGAUUUGGCUAAUUUUUUGGUGGUUCUCAACAGUUCAACUACCUGGAUUUAUUAUGCCGUUUUUAGUGCAAAAUAUAGAGAAGGCGUUGCCUAUCUUUUUGGCCUACGCACUUUGGAUCGACGCAGGAGUGGAUUGGUAACAAACACAGUGGAGGAACGGUCAAAUUCUGCGUGUUCAAACUAUAAUUCUGCGACUGGGGGAAUACAGAAUUUCGAACCAAACAAACUUUAG